CUCCAGUGAUGUCACUGUGACAGGGCGGCCAUCUUGGUGCUCCCGCUGACCAUGCCGGGUAUCGCAGAAAAAGAGUCGGAGCUUUCCGAGCGGAUUGAGGCUUUUAUUGCCGGACUGAAGCGCGGGGGAGCGCGGCCUAACUCCGAGGACACUGCACGGGAGACUGUGGGACUGCUGCGGAGGAUUAUAGCGCAGGCCCGAUGGGGAAACGCAGGAGAGCUGAUGGAAAUUAUUCGGAGGGAAGGCAGGAGGAUGACCAUGGCUCAGCCGUCAGAGACCACAGUGGGAAACAUGGUGCUGCGUGUUCUGAAACUAAUUCGUGAGGAGUAUAGCAGGCUCCGCGGCGUCAGUGAGGAGAGUGACCAGCAGGAGUCUCUGCACAAGCUGCUGACUGCAGAGGGUCUCAGUGAUGACUUCAACACCUCGUUCCCCCUGCUGAAGUGCAAUGUGAUCGAGGCUGUAAAUGAGCUGCUGCUGGAGCUCGAGGGGACUACUGAUAACAUCGCUGUGCAAGCCAAGGAGCAUAUACACUCCAAUGAGGUUAUUAUGACUAUUGGGCGCUCCCGUACAGUGCAGCUGUUCCUGGAGGAGGCUGCGCGUAAACGUAAAUUCCAUGUCAUUGUGGCAGAGUGUGCCCCCUUUUGUCAGGGUCACGAUAUGGCAGUAAGUUUGUCUAAGGCCGGCAUCGAGACAACAGUCAUCACAGAUGCUGCCAUUUUUGCUGUUAUGUCUCGCGUCAAUAAGGUGAUCAUUGGCACAAAGACCAUCCUGGCAAAUGGGUCCCUGAGGGCCGUCUCUGGCACACACACACUGGCAUUGGCAGCAAAGCAUCACUCCACACCCCUCAUUGUCUGCGCCCCCAUGUUCAAGCUUUCACCUCAGUUCCCUAAUGAAGAAGACUCGUUUCACAAGUUUGUGUCCCCACAAGAGGUGCUUCCUUUCUCUGAAGGUGAGAUCCUUUCACAGGUCAGCGCGCACUGCCCCAUCUUUGAUUAUGUGCCCCCAGAACUUAUUACCCUCUUCAUCUCCAACAUUGGGGGAAAUGCCCCAUCCUACAUUUACCGCCUGAUGAGUGAGCUCUACCACCCUGAUGACCAUGAGCUGUGAUGUCACAGUUGGGACUGUUAUGGACUCUUACCAAUCAGGCUGUGGCCCUCUGUCAGCACUAUUUAAUAAAGAGGUUGCUCAGCCAGUUCCUGGAGAAUAAAA